AGUUAAACGGUGGAUAUAAAAGAUAACUAUUUCCUGUAAUAAAAUUCAGUGGAACGGUAAGUUUCAUUCGAGUAACGUUGGUAGAUGACUGAUAUUGAUAACUUCGUAGAUUACAUAAUCCACUCUUGCUCUGCAUAAUGGUAAAUACUUCUGAAAAUCGAUUUAAAGGAACAGAAAUGAUGGAAGUGGAAAUAAAAGAGGAUGACUAAGAAUCUGCUGUAGUGAAAAAGAAUUUGAAAUUUGGAACAUCGAACGAAUAUUCGCCAAAUGAAGCGCUAUCUUCAGUUGAAAACAUCGACAAAUUAACGACGUUUCAAACCUUCUACGUAAAUCAAUGUCAUUUUAUAACCGGUGGUACAGGUUUUAUGGGAAAAAUGUUAACUGAAAAAUUAUUACGAGGAUGCCCUGGCAUCAACUGCAUUUACGUUUUGAUACAUAGGAACAAAGAUAAAAGUGUCUUUAAACGUAUGGAAGAAAAUGUCGAAAAUUCGUUAUUUAACACGCUGAGGAAGCAGCAGCCAGAAUUCCAAAAUCGCAUUGUAGCGAUCGAGGGUGACUGUAGUUUGCCGAAUCUCGGUAUUUCGAUAACCGAUAGAGCUAAACUGAUACGAGACGUCUCUAUUGUUUUUCACGUUGCCGCUACUGUGCGAUUCAACGAGAAAAUUAAAUCGGCGGCAGCUAUUAACGUUCAAAGUCUGAAGGAUUUGAUAUACUUGUCUAAGGAAAUGUCGAAACUAAAGAGUUUCAUCCAUGUAUCAACGGCUUAUGCUAAUUGUCUUCAAAAUCAGAACGAGGAGAAAUUUUAUGAUCCACCGAUGAAUGUCUACAAAUUCAUCGAUUUGAUGGAAUCUAUGGAUGAGAAAUUGCUCGAUGAUAUUACAUCGCAUUAAGUCUAUCACCGAGUUUUGAUUUCACGAUUGUUUUUUACUCUUAUAUUUCCAUACAAUCGUGAUCGGCAUUUGUCAAGCGAAACGAUUAGCUGAACACAUAUACAAUCUUCAAAAAUCUGAGUUACUUUAGGUACUUUAGCAAUUAUUCUUUAUCAAUUUUCUUCUUCUUAAAAGUAUCUAUUAAAUGUAUUAAAUAUUAAAUACUAUUCAGUGACGACAUAAAAUCAUAGAAUUGAAUGAAAAUCUAAUCACAAGAUGAAAAUAAUAAUCGAUUGUAAAUGAAGGACUCACCGAAUUUUCGACAAUUUCUUCCAUUCGUUUAGAGACACUUCUAUCUUUUUUCAUACGAAUCAAAACGAAAAUGCAGUUUAUGCCAGGGCAUCCUCGUAAUAAUUUUUCACAAUACAAUCUGAAGGAAUUCUUUUUUCGAACAUUUCGGACAUUUGUUUUGUUUUAACUUGAUAUUUCGUUAUUUAUUAAACAAUUUGUUACUUUUAGAAAAAUUUAUGUCUAUUUCUAUAUACUUUGAAGAAGUAAACAUUUUUGUAAAGCUUAUUAUUACUUAUUGAGGGCAGUUAAAAUUAUAAAUCUUAGGUAGAUACACAACAAAAAUUUUAAACGGAUUCUUAACCUGUAAGAAUGUCACUAUUAAAAUCACUAAAAUAAGAUAUCUACGAUAUUAAAAUUCAAAAAAAUCAAAUGUUCCAUAGAAGAUUCAAUAAAGAUUUUAACAGAA